AUGGAGGGGAUCAACGAGACGGCGGUGAGAGAGUUUGUCUUCCUGGGCUUCUCGUCACUGGCUGAGUUGCAGCCGCUGCUUUUCGUUGUCUUCCUGCUCCUCUACCUCUUCACUCUGGGCACCAAUGCCCUCAUCAUUUCCACCAUCGUGCUCGACAGGGCCCUCCACACCCCCAUGUACUUCUUCCUCGCGGUCCUCUCCUGCUCUGAGACCUGCUACACUUUUGUCAUUGUUCCCAAGAUGCUGGUUGACCUGCUGGCCCAUAGGAAGACCAUCUCCUUCCUGGGCUGUGCCAUCCAGAUGUUUACUUUCCUCUUCCUUGGCUGCUCUCACUCCUUCCUGCUGGCAGCCAUGGGCUAUGAUCGCUAUGUGGCCAUCUGUAACCCACUGCGCUACACAGUGGUCAUGGGGCACGGGGUGUGUGGGGGGCUAGUGGGUGUUGCCUGUGCCUGUGGCUUCACUGUUGCCCAAAUUAUCACAAUCUUGGUGUUUCACCUCCCUUUCCAUUCCUCCAACCAACUGCAUCACUUCUUCUGUGACAUCUCCCCGGUUCUCAAGGUGGCAUCCUAUCAUACCCGCUUUAGUCAGAUUGUCAUCUUCAUGCUCUGUGCUUUGGUCUUGGUUAUCCCUCUGUCGUUGAUCUUAGUGUCCUAUAUUCACAUAAUUUCUGCCAUACUCCACUUUCCUUCUACACUGGGCAGGUACAAGGCCUUCUCUACGUGUGCUUCUCACCUCAUUGUUGUGACUGUGCAUUACGGAUGUGCCUCCUUCAUCUACUUACGACCUAAAUCUAACUACUCCUCGAGCCAGGAUGCUUUGAUAUCAGUGUCCUACACUAUCUUGACUCCAAUGUUCAACCCAAUGAUUUAUAGCUUGAGAAAUAAAGAGUUCAAAUCAGCACUCCGUAGAGUUGUGAGAAGAACAAUUCCCCUGCCCCAGCAUUAA